AUGGCUCCCAUAUACGAACAUGUAAUCUUUCCAGUACCCAUACCGGCUGCACCUGGCACAAUGCCGACGCUUCCUACCAACGAAGACAACGCCCUGGUGAUUGUUGAGACGAGCGAGCAUGAUGACGUCGACAACCUCGCUGAGGAAGAAGAGUUACUUAAGCAACCUGUGCCUGAAUCGGAGAUUGCUGAGGAACGAGAGGCGUUGCAGGAGGCUGGCAAGCUGCCACCUGGAGAUGGUGAAAUUACGCCACCACCUGAGACCGCAGACGAUGCAUAUUAUAAAGAGGGUAUAAAUGAAACUGGUCAGAUGUUUGGCGAUGCUACGCGUAUAGUGGAGAACGAUGGCGGCAAUGCCGAAGAUGAUGAUGAUGCUAAAUUGGAACAAGAAUUGAUAAAUCAUUUGGAGACGCUGGAUGCGUUGCCUACUCUGGAUACUGAGUCGUUCAUCAAACCGGCGGCGUGA